AUGAGCGCCGUGUUUCUCCUGCUCUUAGUGUCCACUGCGAACAUUGGUGCCAUGCUGGAAAAGGGUCUGCCUAGACGGGAACCGCGGCGCCUCUCCUGCGUGCGAUGCUGCGGGCCUUCAGAGCAGCCCGUCUCCAUCAUCUCCUCACGAUACACAAGGAUGAGCAGUGACCCUGCCUAUUCGGUACCCAAAGUCCAGCCCACUAUAGAUAUCACCAUCCUCAAAGGUGAGAAGGGUGAAAUGGGAGAAAAAGGGUACCCUGGAGCAGUUGGGAAGGAAGGAGAAAGAGGGCUGCGUGGCUUUAAUGGACGGAAAGGACAGAAAGGCCAGCCUGGCCCACAAGGCCAUUCCUGCAAGCAGCUCUACGCUGCUUUCUCAGUGGGUCGGAGAAAACCCCUUCAUAGCUCAGACUACUUCCAGCACGUCACCUUUGACACAGAGUUUGUGAACCUCUACAAGCACUUCAACAUGUUCUCGGGAAAGUUCUUCUGCUAUGUGGCAGGAGUCUACUACUUCAGCCUCAAUGUCCACACCUGGAACUUCAAGGAGACCUACCUGCACUUGAUGAAGAAUGAGAAAGAGGUGGCCAUCCUCUAUGCUCAGCCCAGCGAUAGGAGUAUCAUGCAGAGCCAGAGCCUGAUGCUGGACCUGCAGGAAGGAGAGGAGGUCUGGGUGAGGAUGUUCAAGCGGGAGCGAGAAAAUGCCAUCUAUAGUGAGGAGUCUGAUGUUUACAUCAUCUUCAAUGGCCAUUUAAUCAAGCCGGCUAUAGAGUAG